AUGCAGUCACCGCCUCCGCCCGAGCCCACGCCGCACCUCGACCGGCUCUCCGACGACCUCUUGCGCAAGGUGCUUCGAGCGGCGCGGCCGCACACGCCGGCGGUUCGCGUCGCUCUCUUGCGUGCCUCGCGCCGGAUCGCGGCGCUUCUCCAGGCCGAGACCACUCUGGCGGUGGACCUGGAGUGCGACAAGUGGCCGACGGCGCUCGCCGGUGUGGGGAGGAUGCUCUAUGACCCGGUCGACGACUGUGUCGCGUGCCGUGUCUCGGUGCAUGCCGACGUCGCGACGCUCUCGCGCUUCUCCAGCCGGCUUUCGGACGCGCUCGAGCUGGCUCAGCUGGCCCACCGGCGCUCGGCCGCGCGCGCCGCCGUGCGCUCGCUCCGGCUCCACCGGCGCAGCGACCUGGGCGCGCUGCUGCCUCGCCUCGUCCCUCAGCUGGCGAGCGCGAGGCCCGGGCGUCUGCGCGCCGUCACUCUGACGCGAUGCGCCCUGCCUCCGAACCUGGGCGAGAUGCUGGCGCACGUGCAGCGGCUCACUUUGUGGGAGUGCACCUUUGGAGGGGGCAGGGGCGGCGACGGCGGCACCGCGCUCGUCGAGGGCCUGGCCGCGCUCCCGCUCGAGACGCUCUUCUGGGCGGGCGGGCGGGAGGGCGCUCCUGCGGCGCUGCUCGAGGCGCCUCGGGCGGGGCCGCCUCGCCGGCUCGGCCUCGGCUUCAAGGAGGCGGAGCUGGACGGGCUCGCGGCGGCGCGAGGCGGGAGGCAGAGCCUCGCCCUCUCGCUGGGCGGAGACGCCCUCGAGGAGCUGCGGCGUCCGCCACUGUUCCGCGACACGGCCGCGACACGGCCGUUAGGCGCUGGGCGGGCGGAUGUCGAUGCUUUUGCGGCCGGCGUCGUCUCCGCGGCGGGCUUCGCCGACGACUGCGCGCUGCACAUGGCGGCCGCAUACACCGCCGCCCUCUUCCCUGCCCUCGAACGGCUCCUCAUCGAGUGGUACGACAAUGAUGACUUGCCGGCGGGCGGAGUCGCCCGCGCCCUCGCGCCGCUGCGCGGCUGCUCCUCGCUGCGAGAGCUGCACCUGUGCCGCAGCGACGCUGACUGCGGGUCGAUCGACGCCGACGCACAGAGCUUCGCUCGCGCGUUUGUCGCCGGUGGCGAGGGAGCGGCGCCGUGCCCCGCGUUGCGCGUGUGCGUACACGACGCACCGGGCCGGGGAUUCGAUGGCGGCGAGACGGCGUGGGCGAUCGAGUGCGGCUUUUUGCCGUGGUGUCGCGCGUCUGAGUAG